AUGACUGUUAAGGGCGGGUCAACUCCAGCGUGCGCCGUUUGCAAGUACCAAAGAAGAAGAUGCAGUCUCAAUUGUCCUUUGGCCCCUUAUUUCCCGGCCAAUCAGCCGAAAAUGUUCCAGAAUGUUCAUCGUUUGUUCGGAGUAUCUAACGUAACCAAAAUUCUGGAGAGUCUCGAUAAUCCAAUACACAAGGACGAUGCCAUGAAAUCCAUAAUUUUUGAGGCCGAGAUGCGGCACAAUUUUCCUGUGCAGGGUUGUUGCGUCAUAUUAUCUCAACUACGUUUUCAAAUACAGUGCGCACUUGAAGAGCUACAUCAUCUGAAUUCCAAGAUAGCCGAUUGUAAGGAACAAUUGAGUAGUAAUAGUAGCUAUCAGUUAAUGAGUUUUGAUUGUGGACCUUCGGAAAUUCAACCGAUGGAGAAUUACGAAAUUGGCCCUAGUGGCGGGUUGGUUCCUGAUGAAAUAUAUGGUACGAGCACAGUUCAGGCGAUCCAAGCACAAAUGUAUGAUGCUUUUGGGAUCCAACAAGAUCAGAAAAAUAUUGUUUAUUAUCCAGAUUUUGAAGGAAUGGUUGAUCGAGAUUGUUACCAAUUCGAAUCAAGGGCGAAUUUCAUUGUUGGAAUGUCUUCAGAAUCAUCAAAAAAAGAAACAAAAGCAACACAGAACAUCUGUGAGAGCGAGUUAAAGACAGCUGCAGCAGGGCUCACUCUUACUAUGAAUCGGACUUCGAAUUCAUGA